AUGGUCUCGCCCUACGAAACGGACAGCUCUCGCCCGCCUUACAUGUCCUCCUAUGCGGUGAGUCUGCGGUUACUGUAGGAUAGUUUUAGCACUUCAAUUGUUUUUGAGUGAAAUUUUCACAUUUGGAACUUCAUCUCUCUAGACUACUCUAAGAGUUGAUGCUUAAUUAAUACCCUCUCAACUAUUGCCAACUUCUAAGAGCUACAAUAGCGUUAGAAGUGGUUGUAGAAGAAUGGCGUCAACUACAAAAAUGAUAUGCAUGUCAAGUAGAUGUUUUUUUUAGUUGCUCAUUGUUUUGCAUAACCACUCUGAAGACUGCUACAGCCCUCGGAAGUAGCCCCGUCGAAUUUCAGAAUGAGGACGCCUGGGGUCAAGGGGAAACGCACAAAUCCUCGUUCAUCACCCGCAAGAAGGACUAUUCCCUGCUCACCAAAUGCAUAGCUGAGUUCCUCGGCGAUCUGACAUUUGUCUAUGUUGGUGAGUCCCCCCGACAUUUCCGAACUUUGACGCCGAUCCUUCUGCAGGUACGAUGCAAGCGCACUUGUUCCCCAACGCCGACGGAAUUCUGCACGCGGCCUUCGCUCACGGCUUCACCAUCUUCAUUCUGGUCACAGCAUUCGGUCAUAUCAGGUAAUAAGGAUGGUGGGCGAGGUGACGGAAAUGCCGAAAUUAUGUCACUUGUUAGUAGCUCCGAUUGUCGCAGUCUUAUCAAUUAGACGCUAGCUUGUUUGUUUCGCUUGGAAAUAUUAUGAAGAUGCUUUCAGUGGCGGACACUUCAAUCCGGCAGUCUCCUGGGCGAUCGCCGGAGCGGGCAAGAUGCCCAUCUGGCAUCUGCCCUUCUACGUGCUAUCCCAACUGCUCGGCGGUUUCUGCGGAGCCCUUCUCACCGCUUCCGUCCUCUCGAGCAGUCAAUUACAAUCUAUAGCCGCCGGAGCGACUCUCCUCUCCGACGGCACUCAGUGGUGGCAGGGACUGAUCGGAGAGACCGUCGUCACCUUCUUCCUCGUCCACACCAUCCUCAUCAGCGCCGCCGACACGGACACGGUCACUCUGGCUCCGUUGGCCAUCGGAUUGACGCUCUCCAUCGACAUCCUCUCUACGUAGGCUUUCUACAGUAUCCCAUCGUAACCCUCCGUUUUUCCAGUGGCUCCAUCACCGGCGCCUCCAUGAACCCGGCCCGUUCGCUCGGUCCCAGCAUCGUCGGAUCGAUUUUUGACUCGGCGAACGGCUCCAGCUACUGGACCUACCACUACAUUUACUGGGCCGGCCCACUUCUCGGCUCCACAAUCGCUCUUUGCGUCUACAAGUAGGAGAUUACUGUACUUUUCUCUAUUUAACUGCUUUCUUUCUUUGCAGACUUUUCGAAUCGCGAGAAGAACGAAUCGUGGCAUGA